UAAUACUAAAGCAGACAUAAAACAUCUUCAUGUGCAAAAUUAUGCACGGCUGGAGUGUGUAUUACUUCAUUAUAUAAUGAAGGAUUAUAUACACGUUUGUAUUUGGUCGUUACAUUAAUUAUAACAUUGAUCAAUUGGUGCAUAAGAGAACAAAAAUAUUUAGAAACAAAUGGAAAUUUAUGUAAAACCUUAAGUAAAAUAUAGAUUUGUUCACCGACGUCAACACAUACUGCUGCAACGUGAGGAUAUAGAAUGAUGAAUUAUGUAAAGUUUGCAGGGAGGAAACAUUUUUAAUCUCUUAAAUUGUGAACUAUACUAAACGGAAACAGGUCGUGUCAUUUAACAUGUGUUAAUCUGUUCGGAAAGGACAAUACAAAAUUCUGAAGACUUUUUGAUUGGAAUCCUUAUUUUCAGGUACUCAACAGAACGGCAUUAACAGGCUAUGGCAGAUCAUAAUUCAAAGCAUUCUCCGCAAGAACGUCGUCGGAGUCGCAAACAGACGAUCUUAUCACAAAGUCCCCCAGAGAUUGUGUCCAUUUCCACGGACGAUAAUGAAUAUGUAGAAAAAUCACCUGAAACUGAAACAGACGAUAAUGUCUUUGAAGAAGAGUCGGCAAAUAUCUCAACUACACAUAACGUAACAAGUACUGAAUGUCCUCAUCUAGGAGAAAACAUUCUAGCAGAAAGUGAUGCUCAAGCGUCAGAAAUGACUGACGACGAAAACAACGAAGACAUCAUUACAAACAAUGAUGUUUCGGAUAUUGUGUAUGAUGACACAAAGCCAAAAAGACUUUCCCACAACAGACCACAGAAAUUAGAGUUAGAAAACAAUACCCAGAACGCGUUACACGAGACUAUAAGCUAUCUUAUAUCUCCUGAUGACAGCCCUACAAGAAGAAAAAGAAGGCCGCUUAAUUCUACACGGUCUGAGCCUGUAAUGAGUCAAAGCAACAGCAGAUGUGGAAUUGAGGAUACAAAGGAUACAGAAUUUGAGACUAAAACGAGAAGAGCGACUGAUCACGAGAACAGACAGAUGCAAACGUUAAGAAAGCCACGUUACUCAAACAGCCCAGAGAGCAACCGGAAAAAGGUGUCCUCACCUGUUCAAAGACUCAUGGUCAAGAACAGCGCUUUAGCGGCGGCAGCUGCUGCAAAUAGCAAAGACCGGAAGUGUUCAUCUGAAGCACGACUGACAAAUUAUGAUAAGCAGUUAGUUUAUAUAGCUCCUAGACGAAAGAUUUCAUCUGAUGCCAGGUUGGAGCAUAGAUAUUUAGAGGAACAUCUGUCGCUUCCUAGCAAAAAUGUACCGAAAAGAAAAGUUUCUUUCGAUACAAGUGCACUUAUUAAUGGAAACAGGAUGAUGCCACUCAAUGAUGAACCAGUUAUGAAAGAAAAACCGCAUAUUAUAGAGGAAGUUUCAGAGUCUAUUGCUGACACGCCCGAAACUGGACAUAAUAUUCAGAGAAGCCCAAAACUUCAUAUUCCUAAGGUCAUCCUUACAACAGACGAUGACGAGGGUUUUGACCAAAAUGACAAAGACAGCCCUGCGAACGAGGAAAGCUGCAGUGAGAAUAGUGAAGAGGGUGAGGAGGGUUAUGCGAGUGGCUGUGAUAACAAAGCGUACAUAAAAGAUGAAGAUGAAUAUGUACAACCAAAAGAAACAUCAAAUCCAGCCAGUCCAAGGCAGGCAAACGGUACACGAGAAAGGCGUCUCUCGCCUAUGUCAGAUCCAUCGUAUAAGUUUAACGAGGCUGCAGUUCUUCCGCAUACAAACAUGGACUAUUUAACAAUUGACAGAAAUACUUCAGCAAACUCUCCCGGGUCCUAUGCUGUACGGCGAAUAUCUGCCUAUGAUGAUCAGAGCCCCCCAAAAUCUAUUUUGAAAACGAGACGUGACGACGCCGAGUCCAUAAAUUCAGAGGACUCUGUAGGAGUUAAGAAUUUUAAAGUGAGGAAAGACUCCAUUGCGUUGUUUAUGGACCAGCACGGUGAAAUCGCUAUGCAGGAACUAAGGAAACAACACACGCACAGAUUCAGAUGUUUCGGGAAGGGUGACGUCAAACAGUUAUGGGAGAAUCGGAAACUGCUGGUGGAAAAGUACAAACUUCAUUUAUUAGUUUUAACACUUUUCUUGCUGACCUUUUCUUUCGUUAUUGUUGGUCUUCAUUUUCACAGCGAACAUCACAAGAAAAUGGCAUCUUCACAAAAAGUUUUCUUUGACGCAAAAGCCAGAAUUUUAACGCUCAGUGAUGUACAGAACCGUGACACACUAACAGGGACAGUAGGUUUAGGUAUUCCAUCUUGGAAAAUGCCAACACAUUGCUAUCCUAAUUAUAAAAAGAUUAUGGAUAAGACUUGUUUGAAAUGGAAAGAGCACGGACAGCUAGAUAUCGCUUACUUUAUAAAAAACAACACCCAGUGCUAUAACAUAACUUGGAAUCUAUUACCAGGGACUUCUGCAUACGACUGUUACGAAAUUGGAGGAAGGAACUGGUAUGGUCCUCUGAAUAUGACCAGAUCUCAGUGGCCUAUCAGAUCAAAGCCCUUUAGCUUUACUGCAAGUAAGUCAAAACAUUAUGGAAGUGGAACUUUUGCAUCGGCUGUAGAAUAUUAUUGGUUAUCGUCUCGUGGCGAGGCUGUUGUUGUUGAUUCAAACUUCCCUUUAGAAGUAAGUUGGAACAAAAAGAAACACGGAUCGUUUUGUGCAAUCAGUAAACGUUCAGGCGACUUCUACAGUAAAACCGAAGCAAUAAAACGGACAUUCAGCUAUUCAGUGUGUAAUGGUAUAGAUAUUCAAACCACGCAUGCGCUAAUCAGAGAAAGGUUCUAUCCUGCCGUCACUAGCCUACCAGACAGAGAUUUUCUAGAGAACCCGCACUGGUCUACAGUAUCAGACUCGGACGAUUUUCGUCUAAAUGGUAGUGUUGUUAAAAAUGUUGCUGAAUCAAUUAAGACCAAUAAGCUGAAUUGCAGCACGAUUGAAAUAGACGGAAAAUGGGAACACAGAUACGGCGACCUCACCUUUGACAAACAAUUGUUUAACAACAUGACUGACCUUGUUCUGGGAAUUGCAGAUACAGGUUGUGGCAUUUCAUUAAAUGUCUAUCCCUUCUUCGGCUUCCAUUCUAAAAAUUUCAUAGAAGGUAUGAAUAGAGAAUAUUUUGUAACGAACACAGGAGGAACUGUUCCAGCUCUUCUUAAAUGGGAGCACGGUGUGGGAGCCAUGUUGGAUGUUUCCAAUCCAGCAGCUCGAGACUGGUACGUGGGGAAGAUACGGCGCAUUGCUUCAGACUACGGUAUUGAUACGUUUCGUCUUGUCUAUGGAUCUUCGGCUUGGGUUCCUAAGAAUCCCGUAUUUCAUAACGACGGCAUUAGUCCAGCUAAAGUAAAGCUAUUGUUUUCGGAUCUGAUGGCCACGUUGGGAAACGUCGUUGUUGAAAGUACGUCUCAGUCGCAGCAUAUCUCAACGUUAGUUGGCAUUCCAUCUGCAGUCGUCACUUCCGGAAGUCAGUUUUGCCUGAAAAAUAUCAUACCGGACAUACUUAAUUUAGGCCUUAUGGGAUACCCUUUUGUUUUGUCAGACGGGUUUUCAACUGAUGAAAGUAAGAAUAAUGCUGAUUUCAUUCUUCCGAGCAGGGACCUUUUUAUCCGAUGGAUGCAGUUGUCCACAUUCCUCCCCGCUAUUAGAUAUACGGUGAAACCUUGGUCUUACGAUGCAAAAGUUGUCGAGGCCUCUAGAAAUCUUACAAAACUUCACAGUCAGGUUGUUCUUAACACUAUUUUCGGCGCUGGUAGUGAAAUUCUAAAAGGUUCCCCAGUAAUUCAACCAAUGUGGUGGAAUAGGUCAAAUGACAGGAAAACAUUUAUGAUAGACGACCAGUUUGUGUUAGCAGACAAAUACCUAGUUGCACCAAUUUUAUGUGAAUGCGGAAUGAAUGAAGGUGUCGCGGAAAGAGAUGUUUAUGUUCCAAAAGGAGUGUGGAGGGAUGCAACACACGACAAGGUUAUUAUUGGACCAAGGUGGAUAAAGAAAUACAAAGCUGCACAAUUUGAAAUACCGUAUUUUGAGAGAAUGCCUGAAAUGGAUUAUUAAAGCUGUGUUAACUUUAUGCCAUAUUUUAUGUGUAAACAAAGUAUUUAUCCGGAUAGGUAUACGUAAGGGUGCAUAUACCUUGUCUGUGAUCUGAAUCCCUCAUCUGUUCGCUCAGUUGAGUGAGUACAGUAUAGAUUGGAAUACCAGUCUAGAAGACGCGAUUUUGAUGCAGGUGAGGUGAAUGGUUUCCAUGACAAGUUGACAGUAGUCAAUACGUCUAAAGCCUUUCGUUCUUUCCAUCUUAUUCAUGCUGGAAGAUUGUCUGUUGCUUCUGACAACAAGACAGCAAUGGUAUGGAGACACAGUCCAAGAAUGUACCACCGUUACAUAUUUACAUUCGCCAUGAACUUUGUGUAAAAAGAAAAUAACGUUUGUUUUCAUGUUAACAACAUUGGUGCUAUAUAAUAUCAAGGGUAACCCAUUUCCUUGAUAUUGCAAGCGUGAUCUGUUGUCGUUCACCAGAAAAACAACAAACAAACUGGCGUCGAUCGAAAACUACUUUGAAAAUCGACAAACGAAAUUUCAAAAAGAACGUUGGAUAACUAAAACUCUUUUUUUUUCACGGUAAAAAUUAACAUUUAAUCAACCCGACUAUGCGAUUUUUGAUUAAAUUUAAUAACAUUUUAAAUUAAAAUCAAUGAUUUAUUUUUCAUCAGAAGCCAAAUAAGAAUUUAACGUGGCCAGAUCUUUUUAGCUGUACUGACUAUUUAUUGUAAAGAACUGUAGUCAAAGAUUUAUCGAGAUUUUCUUAAAAUUUUGGAAAGAAACCUGUUAUUUUUGUACUGAGCGACAGAUAAGGAUUGGACGUUAUUCUUUUUGUGCGUCAGUGCGUGCAUAAACCACAUUGGGACUUCUGGCAAAUCAUCCAAGAAUCGAUAGCCCCAGCGCAAAUAAAACAAGAGCUGCUGGAGGACAGCAACGCUCGACUAUUCAAUAGCCUUGUCAAUUGAAUGAAUAUAAAAAAGGGGCAUAAUUUUGUAAAAUUGCAAAACAGCGUUAUGAAACCUGUACAAAUUACUACACUACAAUGCAUAUCAGCUCGUGACAAGUGUGUGAAGUUUCAUUCAUUUCCCAUUAGUAGCUACUGAGAUAUCAGCUUACAUAAAAAACUUAACCAAAAACUGCUAAGUCAAAAAGGGGGCAUAAUUUUGUAAAAAAGGAAAGUAGAGUCAUGGAACCUGUGCACUGCAUGUCAGAUCAUCACAGUGAACAAGGUGUUAAGUUUCAACCCAUUCCCAUCAGUGGGUACCGAGAUACCAGCUUACAUACAAAAACUAAACCAAAAACUGCUAAGUUGAAAAAGGGGCAUUAUUUUGUAAAAAUGCAAAGUAGAGUUAUAAAACCUGUGCACUGUAUGUCAGAUUAUCACAGUGAACAAGUGUGUGAUGUUCUAAUCCAUUCCCAUCAGUGGAUACUGAGAUACCAGCUUACAUAUAAAACCUUAACCAAAAUUUCUAAGUCGAAAAAGGGGCAUAUACUUUUGUAAAAAAGCAAAAAAGAGUUAUGAGACCUGUGCAAUGUAAGUCAGUUUAUCACAGUAAAUAAGUGUGUGAAGUUUCAGUCCAUUCCCACAAGUGGUUACUGAGAUACCAGCUUACAUACAAAAACUUAACCAAAUCGGGCCACGGACGCCGACGCCCACGCCCACGCAUGGGUGAGUUCAGUAGCUCUACCUAUUCUUUGAAUAGUGGAGCUAAAACGCAUGUAAUUUUAAAGAGAGACCGUCUAUCACAACAUUUUUUAUGAGAACACAUUCAAUAGCGUUAGCGUUUUAUUCCAGACAUAAAUCUAGAAAAUCAUAUCUGUUACAUUUAAACUGUACCUGGUAAUUAAACUAUUUACACUACAUGAUAUAUUCUUCAUCCAUGCAAAACUUGUCAUCCAAAUUUGAAUAAUCAAGUUAAUAUGAAUUUCUAAUUGAUGCAAAUGAAUGGGCGAAAACCAAAGUAUAGCGUGGAAAUGAACUUUACAGUUUUGGUUUUGGCAGUACUAAUAAUCAGUAAAGGUGUGUCAAGUGUCGGUAUGGCUAAAACAAGAAAUAAGUCUUCAGUUACGUCUCAGUGAUGUCCCUUGCAAUGUCACCUGUAAAAGUUAAUUUUCGUGAUGUGGCCAGCGUGCGUUUUCUGAAUAAGAUAUAGUUGUAAUAUUCAGUUGGCGGAUUUAUGAACUAACAAUUUCCACGAGUUAGUAAUAGUCAAGUCUUGAAUAGAUUUUCAUUGCUCCCGAGCGACAGCCGAGUCUAACACUUAAUCCGCGGUAUCGAAAGUAAAUUAACACAACACCGUCAUCCAUCACCCUAGAUUCAGAAUAAUAAACGUUAUGAGCAUGGGUUAUAUGGCAGCGUACUAUAUAAAUAUAUGUACGCUUUAGGUAAGUUAUUAGGUGUACAAUCUGGUCAUUUUUGCCUUAAAAUUUAGUGUCCUGAACCCAAUAAGCAUAGAAACGACAGGCAGAAAAUACCAUAUGAUGAACAGAAGUACUAAGUACAUGUAAUACAUCCGUUCUACUGUCUCCUGACAUUUCUAAAAAGUGUAUCUUUUAUGUUUUUCUCGUGCUGGUAACCGUAAAUAUUUGCAGAAUUUCAAAAAUAACUACAUGUAUUUCCAGUCCGCUUAUGCUUUUGUUUGCCAACAAAAAUAUAUACACGGGAAAGCCCCUCUUUUGCUACAGAAAAUAGGUUUUAUUCCUUAUUCUAUCAGCCUCUUUUAAUGUGAUCUGUGAUGUAUUUUUUCUAUUCUGAUAUUUUGUAGGUUCAUGUAUUAGUCAUUCAUUUUACUGUUAACUGUUAAUUGAUAGUCUAUAAUGUUUUUGUAUAAAAAAAGAUCAUAAUUAUUUUCAUUAAAACGUGACAGUACUGACGUAACGUCAGAAACUGCGCCAUACAGACGCCGGGAAAAGGUGCUUAUCCAGUUUUAGUAUAUAUAAGACAUUUCAAAAUACAGAAUAUACAAGUGUGUAACGGAACGGUAUCUCAAUUGCACACUCUGAAUCGAUAUAUUAGGUGCUCAAAAUCGUGCAUUAAACGUCUGCAUCUCCAAAGUCAUUUUGGGGAACGUAUAACCCGUCGCCGUGCUUUAAUAUUAUUAAAACAACAUGUCGACGUUACGUUGGCCUACUAUUUGAUGUCAUACAUUCGCCAGUAAAUAGUGCUUCCAUAUUUCAUUCACAUUUUUUACUAAAAAGGCAUAAUUGAGCCGCGCCAUGGGAAAACCAACAUAGUGGGUGUGCGACCAGCAUGGAUCCAGACCAGCCUGCGCAUCCGCGCAGUCUGGUCAGGAUCCAUGCUGUUCGCUAACAGUUUCUCCAAUUCCAAUAGGCUUUAAAGGCGAACAGCAUGGAGCCUGACCAGACUGCGCGGAUGCGCAGGCUGGUCUGGAUCCAUGCUGGUCGCACACCCACUAUGUUGGUUUUCCCAUGGCACGGCUCAUAUUAGAAUCGAAAUGAUAUACAGCAGGACCUCUUUGGUAUAUUAAAUCAAUAAUACGCCACGUACAAUAAAUCCACAGGCGUAUUUAAAAUAAACUGUCCGUGUUGAAAUAUUUAAGCAUGGUUCUGCUAGAUAUAGUAUAUCUUAAUUAUCAGUGUAAGAAUUAUAUACUUUAAGUACACUUUUUACUGUUCACUCUACUUGCAGCCAAAAAAAAAUUGUAAUUUUUUAAAAAAAGAAAAAUGUUUUAACAUAUGAAACUAUAUAUCAUUAUUAAACAAAACUACAACAGUU